UUAUUUUCCUGUGUUUUCGGGCAGUGUUGCAGACGAGCAAAUUUAGUUGCAGCCAACAUUUCAGCUACCAAACCCCGCUUCUUUCUUUCACCUAACACGUUUUGUUGUACUUGCUGCGGUUUUAAUAUUUCUAGUUAGCCGCAACGCGCUUUCCCCCCUUAUUUCACUUCUAGGGCGCGUCUUAUUUUGGAAAAAUAACCAUCAAAAUAAACAUUUUAACCGACGUUUAUUUAGGGGAAGACAAUUCAGUCUGCAUCCGAUUGGACCAUAAACAGGUCUGCUGCAAGACAACAAGCAAGGGCAUGCAAAAGAAACGUCAGUGAGGAGAAUGACAACAGAAGACCAGAUAACAGCAAAGGAGGUAUGAGAAAGAGACUGAAAUAAGAGGAGGUAGUAGAACUCCAAAGUGCCUACUGCGAGGGGUUGUCUGCUGCUGUUGAGCUGCUGUCUGACUCUGUUGGAUGAGAGCAGGACGGGGCAGUGUGUUUGGCCUUGAAUUGAGGCUAUAUUUUAUCCUGACAGCCACAGAGUCAUCCAUCCCACGUUGCUGAGCUGCAGUCCCCACAUACUCUGAGCUGAGCCGCCACCUCGUCUCAUCAGUGCAAGGACACCAAGGUUCUCCUUUUUUGUUGUUUUACUGAAAUCUUCUUUUUCAAACUCUUCAAACAUAACUAGCACUACAGUGACUGCCCCAGCUUUGGCCAUGUUGACGUGAAUGUAACAUAUGGUGGGUGCCAGUUUAUCCAGGUGAAGGCACAGACGCUCUGCAACAUAUCCAAGCAUGCCAGAGUGAUGUCCUCAGAGUAGUUUCUCUUUGUUUUGUUUUUUAUUCUUCGAGACAGAGCUGGCCUCUGCUCCCAUUCAACCCCCUCUAUCUCACCCCAGCGAAACUUCAGCUGCCACUUUUCCCAGGAAGAACUAAUAAACAACCCCCUUAAAAUACGCCAACCAAAAGGACUCGCUGCCUAUUUGAGCUGAGGACAGACAGAAAAUAUUUUUGCUUCUGUUUCCUCUGUGUUGUGCUGGGGAUUUUUAUUGUUGCCUCACUAUUAGUCACCCUUGCUCUCAGACAGUUUUCCACCCAUCUGCCCACACGCUGCUCAGUGCUCGUGAGCGAGUCUGAUGGCUGUUAGCAUGUCCAUGGGACGGGACACCAAAUGGCUGACCCUGGAAGUGUGUCGUGAGUUUCAGAGAGGCACCUGCUCGCGGUCUGAUGCUGAGUGCAAGUUUGCCCACCCCUCCCGGAGCUGCCAUGUGGAGAAUGGCCGAGUCAUCGCCUGCUUUGACUCACUCAAGGGGCGCUGCACACGUGAGAACUGUAAAUACCUGCACCCACCUCCACACCUAAAAACCCAGCUGGAGAUUAAUGGGAGGAACAACCUGAUCCAGCAGAAGGCCACGGCAGCCAUGUUGGCUCAACAAAUGCAGUUUAUGCUGCCCGGAACACAGUUGCAGCCCAUAACAACAUUCCCAGUGACGCCCUCCUUGGCAACGAGUCCCAAUAUGGCGUUCAGUCCAUAUCUGAGCCACAUGGGCCCAGGCAUGGGCCUGAUGCCUGAGCUGCUGCCCAGUACUCCCCUGCUGGUCCCUGGGAGUCCCACCGGCUUGGCAGCCAUGGGCAACGGCACCUCCGCACAAAAACAUGUGCGCACAGACAAGCUGGAGGUUUGUCGAGAAUUCCAGCGUGGUAACUGCACACGGGGUGAGAGCGACUGCCGUUACGCUCACCCCCUGGAGGCUGGCAUGGUGGACUGCAGCGAGAACUCGGUCAUUGUCUGCAUGGACUACAUUAAAGGUCGCUGCAGCCGAGACAAGUGCAAGUACUUCCAUCCCCCGGCUCACCUGCAGGCCAGGAUCAAGGCUGCACAGCACCAAGCCAGUCAAAACACAGCGUCCACAGCCUUGGGUCUGCCUCCAGGUGCCAUGCAGCCGCUACAAAAGAGGCAGAUCUUAGACAAGAGCAAUGGAGCUGCUGCCGCUGUCUUUAACCCCAGCAUGUUCCACUACCAGCAAGCCCUGGCUAACAUGCAGCUCCAGCAAACAGCCUUCAUCCCCACUGUAGACCCCUCAGAGCUUCUCACUCCCGAUCCAGUGGAGCUCCAAUGCGUUCCAAUGGAAACCCAUUUCUGUCCCGUCCCCAAACUGCUGAUGGCGGCUCCAAUGGCGCUAAACUCAGUAAGCCUUUCCCGAAAUCCCAGUUAAAGUCCCUAAAACCUGCACGCUACUGGGGCAGUCAUCCUCCUGAAUGCAGCAAACAUGUGCCUCACCUACAGUGCACACUGACUGAGUGGCAAUGUGAAACUUCUUAUACGAUGUUAUGAAAGUAAGAAAGCUGUGAUGGUUUCACGCAAUACAAGCCUGGACGUAUUACUGUUGCUUUAAAGCAGCCAUCCUGAUGCAUAGUGACUUGAUCAGGCUGAGCAAUAGAGCUCCCUCGUUCUUACAGCCAUACAUGCCCACACCUUAAAAGCGCAACAGAUGUGCACACAAACACACACACACACACACACAUUUAAGACUAAAUACCCUUUAUGGGUUGGAGCCAUCUUAUGAGGCGACCCAACACAUUUGACUGUUCCAAAGUCAGAAACUCUGAAAAGCUAAUUCUGGAAAUUCAGACCACUGGAGCGGGAUACGGACCUGCCUCUGGUCUACAACCAUAAUAUGUUGUCACAAUGAAGAGUGUUUCAUAUCAUGUCAUGUUUACGUUUCAAGAUGGCUACAAAUGUAACAUGUGUGUUGUACCAUGUGGUCCAUUCAAUUUGUUCUCAUGGUCUCAUCUUUGCCCAAUGAAACGUAGAUGAGUUGUUGUUCAUUUGUUUGUGCCUUUGAUUGUUUGCUCAGCUGCAGAGGAGACUUAGUUUCCCAAAAGAAUUCAAGACACUUGACAGCAAAUAUUGACAGACAUUGUUAUUUGCAAUUAAUGGCAUUAUCUGUGAGAAAAAAAUACAGCGUAUUUGCCCAUGGCUCCUAUUGUAAAGAAAGGGUACUUGUCUAAAAACUGAAUAGGAAGUUUUUUUUGCCUGCAACUAACAAUUAUUUUCAUUGUCGAUUAAUCUGUUCAUUAUUUUCUUGAUUAAUCGAUUAGUUGUUUGGUAUAUAAAAUGUCAGAAAAUGGUGAAAAAUGUCAAUUUCCCAAAGAAUAAGAUGACGUCGUAGAUAUUCAGUUUACUGUCAAAGAGAAGUAAAAAAAAUGAGAAAAUGUUCACAUUUAAAAAGCUGGAAUCUUUAACUGAUUAUCAAAAUAGUUUGCGAUUAAUUUAAUAGUUGACAACUAAUCGAUUAAUCUUUGCAGCUGUAGAUUUUUGUCCUGUUUCCUCCAUGAUUUGAUAUCCAAACAUGGCAAUCUACAGGCGUCGUCAUGUUCACUUCUUAUCUCAACGACAAGUCCUGGCCUCAGCCACAAACCCUGAUUUCUUGUGUUCAACUCACCUGAAAUCACAAUAAAGAUGAACCGAUUUAUUCUGAUAUUUCUAUCUUAUUGGCGUGUCUUAAACUGUCACACCUGAUGUCAGAGCUAUUGCACAAGAUGGAAGCUGGGUUUGUUUCCUGAUGUUGUGCCUGAAGUCUGUGUGUGCCAAGUGGUGGUAUAUGCAAGGAGCUGCCCCCAUUUAACGCAACACCGGAAUAAUUCCUCCAAAUAAAUGUCUCCCUCUAAAAUGCAGAGAUGUAGUUAAGAAAGGCAGUUUGUUUGUGUGAUUGUCUACUUUAAUAUGGCUUUUGGAGUGAAUAAGUGGCACAAGACUUUUAUGUUUAAUAGGUCUUCAGGGAGAAAGCUUAGAACUUGAAAAUGUCCUGUCUGACUUUAUAAUGUGUCGUCUUUUCUACUGAUAUGCCCUCUGAAUAUGGCAGCCACAGUUGGUAUAACCAAAACUGAGUUAUGGUAAAGUCAGAAGAUGGAGGAAUAAAUCACCCGUUUGAUGUCUGACGUUAAAAUAAAUUACAAACCAGUUGGAUUUUUGGUUUCCAAAUGUCCGGAAGGAAUUGCUCUGUAGGCGUGUAAAAUUGAACGUAAGAGCUUUAGAAACUGGGCUGAAAUCACUUUUAUCCAAAUUCAAAUGUGCCUCUUUCAAGUCUCCUCAAACCACCACUGUCAUUACACUGUAAGAACAGACCAGUGCUCAAGAUGAUAGAAGUGUUAUUUGGUACAUUAUUAUAACAGUAAAUCACAUCUGUACUAGUUUCUUCUUCGAGACAGCUGCGCUGUCUUAUUGUUUAUGUAAAGAAAUAAAUCAGUGAGUUGUGUGUAUCAUAAGUGUGUUCAAAGAGACAAUGAACCACACAUUUGGUUAGUUGUAAAUGCUACAGAUAUUACAGCAUUUCCCACUGAGCAUUAUUCAUUUUAAAUAAUGUUAUUGUGUUGUGAAUGUAUCUAAUGCAAAAACUCUAUACAAGCCCGUCUAAAAGACAGGCAUGUUGAAAUGUAAUGAUUAACUAUAUAUAGACUCUUUCUGAGGUCACAUAAGUACCAUGCUGAAACGGUGUUAAGACAUAUUAAAGUAUGUGUAUUGUUAUAUAGAUUUAUAUUUAAUGUCAGUGGGUGAUGUGACUACUUUUAAAAAAUUUCACUCUCAGAAAAGGUAGAGGAGAAUUGUACUUAUUGAAGUACAAAUGUACAACGUACAAGUACAUUACUGUACCAUUCCUUGCUAGUCAGUUUUUAUACCCCUAGCUUUGAAAGUACCCAAAGUGCCCAAAAUGCACCUAUAAAGAAUGGUAUAAUCAUUGGACAAAAUUGAGAAAAUCUGCACGCUAUCCUUUAUAGUAUUUUUUUUUUCAUUUUUAACAUGAUCCCUCACCAGCUUCCCAGCCAUUGACACUGCCAACAGUGUUCAAUAGGGGCAAGUUAGAAGCACCAAUUACUGGGAUUGACCGGGGUUUAGGUGGGUGAAUGUUUUUUACACCUUACCACCUGGGCGCUGCAGUAAGUGUGCUACCUUAACUGUAGCAAUUGUACCUUAAGUUCACAUUAAAUUGGUAUAUGGUACACUUACGCAAUGUCUUUCCAAAUUAGAAUAUACUGUAAUUAGAAAUAAGAUUGACAGAGGUGUGUGACUUAGCAUAAAGACUGGAAACGGGGAAAUAGCUACCCUGGAACUGUCUAAAAGUGUCAAAAUCAUCAUCAAUGUUGAUAAAUGAUUCGAACAUCCCGGAAAGUUCACGCACAACUCUGCACAUCACCAGCGCAGCUGGUGCUCUGUCUCUGUCCCACUCCUGCCACACACACACACACACACACACACACACACACACACUACGCCAUGCAUGCGCACUGUCGCCCCCUACCUUAAGGUGACAGUUUUGGAUUUACUAAAAUUAAAAGCUUUUCUCGUGUUUAUUUACAGGAUUAUAUGUUGAUAUUUAUAUCAUAAUGUAUAUUAACUUAUUGGGAGAAAACCGCUAGGCCUAUGUAAAAUUAGAGAUUGUGCACCACCAUAUAGCCCAAAUGGUGUGACAGCUCUGCGAGGAUUUGACUGUGAGAUUGGGAGUCUAGUCAGGCUCCUCCUAUCGAAUCUUCCACUAUUCGGGGUCACCCCUAGUCUAGAGUCACUCUAUUAAUUUUCGCAUCUGAAAAAUGUGGAGCAUUGCAAUGUGGGAUUGUUAGUAGAAACUAGUGUAUAUGCCAAUACUUUUUUCCAUUGUAGAAUUUUUGAGAGCACUAUGUCGUGGAUACAUUUAAUUUUUGUAACUCCCACUUAAAAACACAAGUAGUCGUUUUUACAAUUUGGUUUUUAAAUAUAAAAUACAAAAUAUAUUGAAUUUACCUUUAGACUAUAGCUUAAUUGUCUCAAACCUAGUUUGUUAUUUCUGCACUGCAAUUCCUUGUUAUUUAUCUGCCAACAUUUACACCAAUAUAUUUGCAAAAUGAUAAUAUUAACAGAUUUAUCUGUCUUGCUUUUCUUUGGACUAGCCUUUUCCCCGUUUCCAAUCUUUAUGUUAAGCUAACUGUCCCCUGGUUCAAGCGUCAUAUGUACUGUACAGACAUGAGAGUGAGAUCAAACUUCUCAUCUAACCCUUGAAAGGAAUUGAAUAAGUUUCCCAAAAUGCUGAAGUAUUUGUUUAAACUAUAAUUUAUUUUUUAUCUAGCCUUCAUUGCAGAUCAAACAGUACGUUAUUGUACAUCUAAAGAAAUUUACUUUUUGGUACAGAGUUUCCCCAUUACCUGUUUUUAAGUGUAUUGAGCAGCUAGAUUUUCUCUAAUCUUUUAAAAAUUUGAACAGUAAUGUUCCUCUCCUGCUCGAUGAAACUGAUGAUUAGAACGUCCAGAAAGAUAAGUUUUUCUAAAUCUUAAGCUUUGAAAGACUAGCUUUGUCCAGCCAAGACAAAGAAAAAAAGUCCCUGUAGCCUUCGUCUCCUUCCCCAUCACAUCAUUAUGCCUUCAUUAACUUCUGUCCAGCUGGAAAAAAACAGAAUACUUGAUAAAUAAAUUGUGCCUCUUGAGGGCAUUUGAAUUUUAAAGUACAUUUAGAUGUAUGUAUCGACGCACAAGGCCGUUGUAGUUAGGGGAAUUGCGGUGUGGUGCGAGGAAAACAUGUUUUUACCUCUUUCCCUCUAACUCUGUGGUACUUGAUUUCCUUUAGGCCUCAUUGUAUUUUUCCCAUACGUCAUUUCUCUGGAAUAUGCAAAAUGCUCUGAUCAUUGUGUCCAGUGACCAGAUCCUUUAGCAUGUGGACAGUAAAUUCAGUCCUGAGCAUACUUCUGUUGCCCGGGGCACAAACAAAGGGCCUUAUUUCUCGAUCACUGUAUAAAGAUGUGAUAGCUGUGUAUGAAAGUGACAUGUACUAAUGGUAAGUUAAACUUUUUUUUAUCUGACUUAAAAAAAAAAAAACACAGCAUGGAAAUAAAAAACUCAUUUAUACAUAGUUAAUAGUUUGUGUAGACCAACAAGAAAAAAAGAUAUAAUAUUAAAAUCAUUUGUAUACAAUGAUGGAGUCAUUGUUAAUGGUAAUAGUUGCCGUUGCUGUGGCAACAAAAUGACAACAUGGCUACCUUUCUAUUAUCCUAAUUGUGAUUUUUUUCACAUUCAUUGAAAUAACAUACAACACUAACUUAUUCAAAAAGGGAAUGUCUAAUUAGUUUGUCUUGUUAUUGCGACGUGAUUAAAUAUUUUCUAUGGAAAACUUAAAUCCUUGUAAUAUCCAAAGGUCCUUAGGGGAGAUCAGGUGUUUAGUUUGUUUUGUUUAUUUGACCUUAAUUGUUUGUUUUUUGUUCAUGUACAUGGUAUUUUUGAGAAAUAAGAAUGGACUUUGGCUUUUAAAGCUAACACCUAUCUGUCAGGGAGGUAAAGAGGCUUUUGGACUAAUUGAAAGAUCUUCAUCUUUUUCUGUAAAAUCAAACUCGUCGCUGUCCACCUCCUGCAGACUGGGCAGCCCUCACUCAGUUUUCUCUGUGUGGAGACGUGAGCUUUCAUUAGUGAGUUCUGUUUUUUCAGUUUUGGCCAAGAAGGUGGUCCAAAAGCCUCUUCCUGCCCAGCUGUGCUGGGUGAUGUCGAUCCUUGCUGAGGUGUAUACGAAUGUGUGACGUUCACCUUGUUUGCACUUAUGUACAUAACUAUGUCAAAAUACUCAAAAUUUAUUUUGAAUAAAUACAGAUAAAAGAGUUCAAAUCAAUGUUAUUGCUAAUGAUAUGAGUAUGUCUAUCAUUUUAUUACAUUAUAAAAAGAUUGCUUUGAGGGAUCUGUCCUUUUGUUUGUUUGCUGGAGCCCUGUUCUUUGCCAAGCAUGACAUUGCCUAGCUAUGAAUGAAUGAACCAUGAAUGGUUUGCUUUUAAAAAAGCUUCUUCUGUUCAUUUACUGGGGUAUUUUUGUUUCAGUAAUAUCUCAAACAAGAGAGGUGGACUAGAAGAAAUAGUCAGUCUGGAAUAUAUCUAAUAAACCAGUACUGACCUUCUGCUUUAAUGCUCAUCAUGAAUACACAAAUGCAGGUGCAUUCCUCUCUCCAGUAAUGCACCAAAAUAAAGCACAGAGUAGCUCCACCUGUAGGCUGAAAAGCAGUUAGGAAAAAAAGAGGAGCAGAGAGACUAUAGAGGGAUGUGGAUGUGACAUGUGUUCACAGGGUUUGAAUUCACUUUAAUUUAGUUUUUUGUGAAAAGGGUUAUUAUUUGCUCCCUUGUUGUCAUUAUUCAAAACAACAAUAAAUCUGAAUUCUCCUCAGGAUUUUAGUUAAAAUUGCAAACAACUGGGUUUUCCAAUGCUAUUCUUGCAGCAGCAGCAACGUCCUUACACAACAACGUCCCUUCAGAUUUGGACAUGUGAUGCUCUUCAAUUGCUAUUAAAGCCAUUGAUUUUGUUGCCAUGGCACUUGUCCUAGUGGUGGAUUGACUGAGUCAUCCUGGUGAAAAGAUUCACAGCCCUCUGACUCCACAUGUGGAGGGAAAGUACAUGUGGAGUGGACUUAACAUACUGUGGGUUUCCAGUCACCAACAUUUUGUUUUGAAAUUGAUUUAUUGCCACCCUUAUUUUUAAAAGAAAUGCAUUUGUAAUUGUGCCUUUAUCAUGCAAUGUGUAGUUUUCCUUUAUUAAAUUUAAAUUGACUUAAAACAGCACGUGUAUUAAGUGUGUGUAAAACUUAUCCCUUUAUUUAAAAUCCUUUGUUGGUGAGUCGUUAUUAAAUUGGGUACAACCGCAGACUGAAUGGCAACCUGUGGGAGAUGAUGAGGGCCAAAGACUGUUCAGGACUAAGCCAUAUGAAAAACUCUCUCUGACACUCUAGGACAGACUUGAAAGUGACUGCUGUUUCUUAGUCAUCUAUCGUUUCACUCUGUUUUCUGCUUGUGGUACUUGUAUGUGCUGCUGUGCUACACGCCAAUUUAUUUUGCAGUGUAUAGCUAUUAAGAGUAUGUUUCUGUGCCUAUGAUGAGUUCUGCGAUUUCUGUUUGACCUUUAAUAAAACACAUAACUGUGA